UCCCAUUGUUUUCUAUUUAUUUAGCUUUUUGGUAUUUGUUGCCUUCUGGGUUUAACCACUUUUUCUCAGGCAUCUCUUUCCCCACCGCCUCUGCUUUUGGUCUUUCUUCUUUUUUUUGGGUCUUCUUCUUCAAGAAUGAGCUGAGAUACUCACAGAAGUUGCAAGAUUUUUAUCUAUCUCACUACUGAGCCAUUUGUAGGGAGAGUUGGUGCUUGGAAUGGCAGAACAAAAGAGUAGUAAUGGAGGAGGAGGAGGAGGAGAAGUUGUUAUCAAUGUUUCAGGUGAGGAAGCAUCAAGGCGUUCUAAGGAUAUGGCUUCACCUGAGUCUGAGCAAGCAGUGCCCAUCAAUAAAAGCCCUUCUCCUGAGAUCUCUAAGCUUGUUGGUAGUCCUAACAAGCCUCCUAGAGCUCCAAACCACAACAAUGAGGGUUUAACUCAGAGGAAAUCUUUUGCAAGGUCGGUUUACUCAAAACCCAAGUCCCGGUUUGUGGAUCCAUCUGGUCCUGUAGACUCAACUCUCCUAGAGGAGGAAGUUAAGGGGCAACUUGGUACUGGCUUUUCCUUUAAUAGACGUUCCCCGAACAACAAAUCUAACAGGAGUGUCGGGUCAACAGCACCACUAACUCCAAGUAAAGCCGUUGUGGAGAAAGAUGAAGAUGAGGAAAUCUAUAAGAAGGUUAAGCUGAACAAAGAAAUGCGCAGUAAGAUAAGUACAUUGGCUUUGGUAGAGUCAGCUUUCUUUGUAGCGAUUCUGAGUGCUUUGAUUGCGAGUUUGACCGUUAAUGUCCUGAAAGAUCAUACCUUAUGGGGACUAGAACUCUGGAAAUGGUGUGUGCUUGUUAUGGUUAUAUUCAGUGGGAUGUUGGUGACCAAUUGGUUCAUGCGUUUGAUUGUGUUCCUCAUAGAAACAAACUUUCUUUUGAGGAGGAAAGUGCUAUACUUUGUGCACGGCUUGAAGAAGGCCGUCCAAGUCUUCAUAUGGCUCAGCUUGAUCCUUAUUGCUUGGAUAUUACUGUUCAACCAAGACGUGAAACGGUCCCCCGCAGCCACAAAAGUCUUGAAAUGUAUAACCAGGACUCUUAUUUCCCUUCUGACGGGGUCAUUACUUUGGCUGGUGAAAACAUUGUUAUUGAAGAUCCUUGCAGCGAACUUCAACGUCAAUAACUUUUUCGAUAGGAUUCAAGAUUCUGUUUUCCACCAAUACGUUCUACAGACACUCUCGGGUCCUCCACUUAUCGAGGAGGCAGAGAGGGUCGGGCGUGAACCAAGCACAGGCCAUCUGAGUUUCACGAGUGUAGUGAAAAAAGGCACGGUUAAAGAGAAGAAAGUGAUUGAUAUGGGGAAAGUUCAUAAGAUGAAGCGAGAGAAAGUAUCCGCUUGGACAAUGCGGGUUUUGGUGGAAGCGGUUAGAACUUCAGGUCUCUCUACAAUCUCUGAUACAUUGGAUGAAACAGCAUAUGGCGAUGGGAAAGAGCAAGCUGAUAGAGGAGAGAUUACUAAUGAGAUGGAGGCUUUGGCUGCUGCUUACCAUGUCUUCAGAAAUGUUGCUCAGCCUUUAACCAGUUACAUAGAGGAAGAGGACUUGCUUAGGUUCAUGAUCAAGGAAGAGGUUGAUCUUGUGUUCCCAUUGUUUGAUGGUGCCGCUGAGACAGGGAAAAUCACAAGAAAAGCUUUCACAGAAUGGGUGGUUAAGGUGUACACUAGCCGGAGAGCAUUAGCGCAUUCGUUAAACGACACAAAAACAGCGGUUAAGCAGUUAAACAAACUUGUGACAGCGAUUUUGAUGGUGAUAACUGUGGUCAUUUGGCUGCUGCUUCUAGAAGUAGCAACGACCAAGGUUUUGCUGUUCUUCUCCACCCAACUUGUAGCUCUGGCUUUUAUAAUUGGAAGCACUUGCAAAAACCUCUUUGAAUCCAUUGUGUUUGUCUUCGUUAUGCAUCCUUAUGAUGUCGGUGACAGAUGUGUUGUCGAUGGUGUCGCGAUGCUGGUCGAAGAAAUGAAUCUGUUAACGACAGUGUUCUUGAAGCUCGACAACGAGAAAGUGUAUUAUCCAAACUCUGUUUUGGCAACAAAACCAAUAAGUAAUUACUUCAGAAGUCCAGAUAUGGGAGAAACAGUGGAGUUCUCUAUCUCGUUCUCUACACCAGUCUCAAAGAUCGCACAUCUCAAAGAAAGAAUCGCCGAGUACUUGGAGCAGAACCCGCAGCAUUGGGCAGCAGUACACACAGUGGUGGUGAAGGAGAUAGAGAACAUGAACAAGCUAAAGAUGGCUCUAUACAGCAACCACACCAUCACGUUUCAGGAAUACAGAGAAAGGAAUAUCAGAAGAACAGAGCUUUCUUUGGCGAUUAAGAGAAUCUUGGAGGACCUUCACAUCGACUACACUCUCCUUCCUCAAGAAGUUCAUCUCACCAAGAACUGAGAACCAAUUUUAAAACCGGUUUCGUGUUGUUUCUAAACCGUUUUUUUAAACUAUUAUUACCAAACUUUGCGGUACUGUUUUGUUUUAGGCUUUAAAAGUAGAAGUUGAAAUCAAUUUAUCCCGAGUUCUAAACCAA